GGAAGCCCGGCUUGGGAGGUUCUAGUGUGAAGAAAGGUGUUUGUUUACCCGCCCUAUGAACCAACAGGAUGCUCACCAGAACCCCAAGUGUUGUYGCCCAAGUGUUCCUUCUUCUAAGUAUAGUUCUUGUUAUUGCUAUUGCAGUGAUACAGAUAAAUCAGCAGCAGGUCCUCUCCCCAGGACUUAAGUAUGGAAUAGUCCUUGAUGCUGGAUCCUCUCGGACUACGGUCUAUGUCUAUGAGUGGCCAGCAGAAAAAGAAAACAACACGGGAGUAGUGAGCCAAACCUUCAAGUGCAAUGUGAAAGGCCCUGGUAUAUCCAGCUAUGGGAGUAGCCCUGAAGCUCUUGCCAAGCCUCUUGAUGACUGUCUGAAUAAAGUCAAGGAGAGAAUACCAGUUCAUCUGCAUAAAAACACUUCUGUUUAUCUGGGGGCUACAGCUGGCAUGAGACUGCUGAGGUUGCAAAAUGAAUCGGCAGCCAAUGAAGUCCUUGCAAGCAUUCAAAACUACUUCAGAGCACAACCUUUUGAAUUUAGGGGUGCGCAGAUCAUAACUGGGCCWGAGGAAGGGGUGUAUGGAUGGAUAACGGCCAACUAUUUAAUGGGCAAUUUCUUAGAGAGAAACCUUUGGAGGACAUGGGUCCAUCCUUACAGAAAAGACACUAUGGGUGCACUGGACCUUGGAGGAGCUUCCACUCAAAUUUCAUUUAUCCCCGAGGAGUCUGAGGAGCACUUCAAUAGCACCUUGCAAGUGAAGUUGUAUGGUUACAACUACAAUGUCUACACUCACAGCUAUCAGUGCUACGGGAGAGAUGAAGCUGAGAAAAGGCUUUUGGCAUUGCUGCUCCAGAARUCAAAUGGCAGUGCCAAUGUGGAUAAUCCCUGUUACCCUCAGAAUUAUAAUACAGCAUUAACGAUGAAGUACUUCUUUGGCAGCCUUUGCACACACUCUCUGAGACCAGCAAAUUACUACCCAAACCAGCUUGUGAAUUUCCAUGGAACAGGAGACCCAGGUCUGUGCCAGGAGAUGGUUUCUUUAUUGUUCAACUUCACUGCUUGCAGAGACMGAGAGGACUGUCCAUUUAAUGGAAWCCAUCAGCCRAAAGCUAAAGGGAAUUUUGUGGCUUUCUCUGGAUUCUACUACACAAUCAAUGCUUUGAAUUUAUCUGGGCACUUUUCCCUUGAUGACUUCAAUUCAAGUAUGUGGUUUUUCUGUUCACAGAGCUGGGCACAGCUCCAGUUUAUGCUGCCUAAAUUUGAAGAAACAUAUGCUAGAUCCUACUGUUUCUCAGCCAAUUUCAUUUAUUACUUGCUUGUACAUGGUUACAACUUCAAUGCAGAAACCUGGCCAAGGAUACAUUUUCAAAAGGAGGUUGGUAACAGCAGUAUAGCRUGGUCACUCGGUUACAUGUUAAGCCUCACAAACAUGAUUCCAGCAGAAGGCAAGCUGAUCCAGUUACCUCUGAAACCUUCUCUGUUUGCUGGACUCCUCAUCUUCCUCACAGCUACAGCACUGCUGUGUCUCCUCUUCCUUGUUUACUUGUGUAUUGCAUCCCAUAAUCAGAAGAAUAUCCCCCGCGUUGAACACGUAUUUAUUCCAGAAUGAAUGAACUUCACUGAAGACAAAAAAAAAAAGCCUUUUAUAGUGCUAUGAAGCCAAACUUUAUUUUGCCCCCCAUUUUUUUAAAAAUAAAGACAGGACUUCUCUGACUUCAGGACCAGAAGYAUAAAUAGAGAAGACGCACAAAAGAAUCUGUAAUAUGGUGAAUUGGAGUGCUUUUGAAACAUUUUGGCAAUUGUUUCUGUAAACCUAAUUUGUCCAGUGUGCAGAUAAAACGUGGGCAGAUGUGUCAUUUUGCUUUAUAAGGGAUUACUAGCCUUUUCCUGCCAGGUACSUAUUACUUGUUUGUUCAUUAACUUUGUGCUAAUUGGUGAACUCAAGUGCUGAUGGAUUUGAUCACAGUGGYAGUUGUUUAAGAUAAAAUUAAACAAGCCAGUAACAAUUGUGGGAGGUGGGAACAUGGCAGUUGUCCUUGUAUGCCGUGCUGACACUAAAAGCCCUGAAGUAAUCCAAUUUCUGAAGCUGGAACAAGCACUGGAUAAUGACAAGAACUGAAAGGAAGAGCUGUGAUAGAAUUGUUUUUAUUGCUGUUGCAAAUGGAUUGAUCCCCAUCACAUAAAGGUGUAAUAAACUGUCAACACCUCUCAGGACUUUCAAGCCUGUCUUAAACAGAGCUGUAUCUUUCGGUACCAUGGAGACCCCAAAAUGCCUCUGCUGUGGUACAUAAGAUUUGCUUUGGAGAUGGAACAAAAUGCUUUCACACUUUAGUAACUGAACCUAAAUUUAAAUAUCUCACAGUUACCUCCAGAAGACACUGGAGUUUUCAGUGUCCUUUUCUCUCUAACUUUCACAGAAAUGCUUUUUGUAGGUUCUCAUACUGAAACCCUGACCUGUACACCCCACAUAUUGUUGGUCUCAGACAGUGGCAGUCCAUACUGAUUUGACACAUACRUGUUAUUUCAGCUGUUGGGAUGGAGUCUCAGAGCUGAACAUUCCAAAGCAUUAACAUGUUAAGYCCUUCUUUCAAGGCCAGGAGGAACAGGAGCCAGUCCUCAGGCCAGCAAAACACCUUUUCUGUGUGGGUUCAUAGCUGGAGCUGCAGUCAUGGCUGUAGUGCCUUGCUCAGCCUUUCCACUGUCUCGGCCUCAGUGUUCCUUCAGCAGCCUUGGGAUCUACCUGGCACAUGCUUCUGUCAAAUGUAUUAAUGCCAGAGCUUUCCUGCAAAUUCUGGAAACAGCUGGCUUCCUUGAGAGCCCAUGCAUUCUUUACCAAACCUCACACUCCCUUAAAUCACAGGACUAUCUCAGCUUCAUCUAUCCCCACCAUUGAUUAGGGGAUAGAUAGGAGAACAGUGGCCAGUAUUUUUACCCAUAAAUAAUGAUUUUAAUUUCAGUCUUUUGUUUCAAUAUCACCUUCUUACUUAUGUUCGSUUGUGGUGUUGGGGUUUUGUUUUCUUCUGUGUUUUUUUUUUUCCUAGGCUUACAGAUGAUUUGAAGGGAGCCAAAUACAUUUCUUAAUGGAAAAGAAAAAAGUGAUUUUUCAAGCAGAUCAAUAGGGCUUUGUCCCUUCUCUGUUGAUAUACUGCUAAUUCUACUCUUACUGGAGUAGCAAUAAGGUACAAGGUAUUACAAGAUAAUGAAGUGCUCUGUGGCAUGAAAGUUAUAUCUGAUAAAGUAUAAAAUUUAUUUCAGAGUGCAYGGACAUUACAGAGGGUGGCAUGAGUUAAAGUCUUUGUCUUCUGUGUGAUGGAUCUGUAACUACAGUUAUGAGUGAAAAAAAAUCCAGACAGUUGGGUGAGAGCAUUAAAAUAUUUUCUUUAGUUGCCAAAUUUCWGUGGAAAAUUGUAUUCUGGAAUAUUUACUUGCUCUACAAAAGCUUUGCUUUGCGAGUGGCURGGCCAUUCAGAUGUGGUUUUUACACAAAUGGAACACACUUGGAAGUUAAUCUGUGUAGAGCUGGCAGCUAAAGAACAAGUAAAUUUGUUCAAAAAUCAUUUGGACUUCCAGAUGUACUUGGAUAGACUCAGUAUCWGUUCAAAGAAUCAAAUUCCCUCUGUGUUCUGCUUUUAUCAGUAGUUCCUUCUUCUCCUUGUGUAUAUAAUCCCCCUCAAUGUGACCAGGAUCCCCACCUGCUCUGUCUCACCUCUCCUGGCAGUUUCAGCUGGGAAAGCUGAAGGUGUUGAACUUCCAGCCAAGCAGCUUCACUCACUAACUCCUCCCUCAAGUGUGAGCGAAAACCAGCUCAACAGGACUARCACUGUCCUGCUGGCUACAACUGAAAAGAUCUCUGGGAGAGACAGAAGUGAACAGCACUUGGGAAUGUGUGCAAACCAGUGGUUAUUUAUCUUUUUAUACUCUUCAGUGCCUGCUUCUGAAGAUUAAUAAAAUUGUGAAA